UCCAGAUAUUUCAUUUUAUAGCCCAUAGCCUCAAUACAGACACGUAAGUGUGCAUAGUGUAUGUCGGUUGUGUUAAUUAACAACGAAUUACAUUGUAAUUGCCAGGACUGCUUACAGUUUCACCGAAACUUAAAUAAAAAUCUAAAACGAGGCAGGACCUCGACAACGAGUUCAAUAAAUAAAAGAAAAAUUUAUUGGAUUAAGAAAAAUCGGCUGGCAAGUGACAAUUUCUUAUGGCCAAAGGCCGAGCAAAUCCUUGAAGUUGCUCCAAAAGAGCCCUCGGCUCCACGAAUUUUUUUUUUUUACUCUUAUUUUAUGUUUCAUCUUUUUUUUCAUUUUUUACUCCUCAUAGUUUUCGGGUGUUACGUUACGAUUAUUAUAAAUACCGACACACUUGUCUGACUUUGCUGGUAAAAAUAAUCAACACGAGCAAUUAAAUUGAAGAAAACUCAGUCAGGAUGAGCACAGAAACGAGGGACGCCGUCAGCAACGUCGAGACUGAAUUUCUGGAGAUAAAUUCAAAGGGAGCUUGGGCGAUUUUAUACCAGCACAUUCGUAAUGAGUCGAGUAAUUACGAUUACUCGUGCAAUGAAUCGAAAAAAUUGCAGAAUAAAAAUCUUAAUCGGUACAGAGAUGUUGCGCCUUAUGAUCAUACGAGAGUUAUUUUAAAAAGAGGCUCUUGUGAUUAUAUCAAUGCGAACCUUGUUAAGAUGGAAAAAGCACAUCGACAAUAUAUUUUGACUCAAGGACCAUUGCCAUGUACUGCUGGACACUUCUGGCUGAUGGUUUGGGAGCAAAAUUCAAAGGCCAUUCUUAUGCUGAAUAAAGUGAUCGAAAAAGAACAAGUAAAGUGCCAUCAAUAUUGGCCACUCGGUGGCUCCAACAGCACAAUGACAUUUCCCGAUGUUAAUUUAAAAGUUGACUUUGUUAAGAAAAUCGAAACCUCUCACUAUACAACCAGUACACUGAGAUUGACGGACCUUGAGACAAAACAAAGCAGAGAAAUUUUGCACUUCCACUACAUCACCUGGCCAGAUUUCGGAGUACCCCAAAGUCCGGUAGCAUUUUUACGAUUUUUAGUUGACGUGAGAAAAUCCGGCGCCCUCGAUUCAAAUGUCGGGCCGCCUAUCGUUCAUUGCUCCGCUGGAAUCGGUCGCUCUGGGACAUUUUGUCUCGUGGAUACUUGUCUUGUUUUGAUUGAGGAAAAUGGAUUGAACUCAGUAAAUGUCAAAGAAGUUUUACUAGAAAUGAGACGAUCGCGCAUGGGAUUGAUUCAAACACCAGAUCAACUCCGGUUUUCAUAUGCAGCAAUUAUUGAAGGAGCUAAACAAUUGCCAUCAAAUAACAAUCUGGAUGAUGGCAUUGAAAUAAUAAAUCACUACGAUGUUGUAAACAACGAUAUCAUGAAUUCAUCUCAAGAAGAAGACGAUGAGCCGCCACCAUUACCUCCACCACGGGGUGACAGUCUUACAAGAAGUAUGAUGUCUGAUUUGACACCGAGUCCUGUCUCUGAGAAUGAAAAUGGAACUGGUCCACCAAAUAAACCAUUACCCAUGGAACCGCCGAUACUAAUUGAUAAUAUUAAUAAACUACCGACAACAAAUUCAAAUAACGUACACGAAAAUAAUGUCGACGUGGUAGGGGAAGAAGACAGUGAAAAUGCAUUACUCAGAGACAGUUCUCCACGUAGUGAUACAUCAGACACGAAAAAUGAAUUACGUCAACGUCAUCAGGAGAAGAAAGAUCGACUGGCGAAACAGGUGCGGGAAAUGAAACGUCGCCAACAGCAAACGGAAAAUUGGCAAAAAUUCAAGAGGUCAAUAUUCAAGCCCGUAACACUAGGCAUAGAUCAAAAAGCGAAACAACGGAAUCAGUUCAAGUGCACGAGGAAGCUGACUCUACUUGAUGACGAAAAUAAAAGAAGAAUAAAUAAUUUUUUACGUAAACUUAAUAAACUUAUAAUCAAAAGCAAUAAAAAUACGUAACAAAAUUUCCUCUCCUGGGAGCGAAGACGCCGGUGUAUAUUUAUUGAGUCAAAAAUAAAACUAAUUAACAAAAAUAAAAUAUAUCAGUCAAUAAAAUUAAUUAAUUCAAAUCCUGCUUCUUCGCUACGCUCGAGAUAAAACAAAAACAAAAACAACAAAACAAAACAAUUAACAAAAUUAAUUACAUGAAAUUAUCUUGCCGAUAGUCAAUUGUGAUAAUUAAAUCAAAGACGUAUUCAAAUAAAUUUUAUUAUCAUUUUAUAUUUAUAAUUUAUUAUAUUUAUAUUUUACAAGGAAUUUAAUUGUCACUUUAAGUAACAGCGUAAAUUAUAUUUUGUUAUUUAUUUUUUUUUCGAUUAAUGAGAUUCUUUGCACGCUGGAGUUACCGUAAAAUCAGUGCGUCAAUCGCGCUGGGUUAUGGUGAAAUUUUCAUCAGCAAUUUUUUUACUCUGGAGUCUGGCGCUCGUCUCUUUGAUCGGUCUGAUGGUCGACUCUAAGAGCCAUCAUGUUCAUCAUACCCCGAGAUCUCAUCUCCAUCCGCAUUCUAACUCACGUCAUCAACGUCAUUACGAUUUGCAUCACCGGAAGUCCAGUCGAAAUAAAAGAUCUGAGUCAACUGUCAAUCCUCUGACUGCUGACAAUUUUAUAAAUAAUAAUAAUAAUAGUAAUAAUAAAUCAAUUGAUAUUAAUACUGAUAGUGAUAAGAAAAUGAUGAUAAAUUCAGAUAAAUCUCUGGUUGAUCUCGAAAAAUUAUUUGGACCAAUACCUCAUCAGCUCUAUGACCACAUUCGCGUCAAGCGGAAUAAUUUGAAAAAUAAUUUCGGCGAAUCGAGUCCGCUGGCGUCAUCAGAAUAUUUAAAAAAAUUGGCGGAUUCAUUCGCGGGUCCAGCGGCUGAAAAUGAUCAGGAUAAUUUCGACGAGUUGGAAACUAAUGACAGGCAGCUGUCAUUUAACUCUGAUGACCUGCUGAGAAAAAAACGUCGUGCUGAUUUAGAUGACGACUUUGAGGAAACGAAUUUUUUUCCUGAUGAUUCGCGGCUGGUUAAUUUGAUUCGGACGAAAAGAUUUGGAGAUCCUGAUAAGAAAACUGGAAGAUCAGCUAAAGGUAAAAGAAAUGUGAGAAAUAAAAAAAAUAUUAAGCAGGAACAUGCUGGGAAAGGGAGAGACGGGUUCAGAUUGAAGCGCAAGAGUAAAAUUACCGGUAACAAGAGACUGAAGAAAGAAAAUUUGAAUGAUAAAUUAAGUCGGGAGAAAAAUAAAAUAAAAGAUAAGAGUAAAUUAAAAAGGUGUACGAAGACUAGUAUCAGUAAAAAUGAUAAAAAUUUAAAUAAGAAACAUGAUAAAGUAAAAAGUAAAGUACGCAGGAGACGUAAUUCCGUAGGAGAUUCAAAAGCUUUGGCGCCGCUCGAAGAAAUACGAGAUCUUGCAGCAAAUCUAGUUUCAAAGGUUACUACACUUGACAAGUAUUUAAUAAAUAUGAGGAAUUGUUGAUGUAUAUAUUUGUUAUAAAUUUAAAGGUCGACGAGCUCGAGGGAUCGAUAAAAAUAAACCGAAGAUCCGGGCGUAAUUCUCAUGGGUAUCCGUCAGCAAUCAGCAAUUCGAAGCGCGUUCAUCAUCUUCUAGGAUCUCGACACUCAGGUACGAUUUUUAUAAAAAAUAAAUAAAUAAUUUAGUUUGUUUUUGUUGCUGCUGAUUACUAAUUUAAAUUAAAAAACUAAAUUACAUAUUUGGAAUUGAAGAUAGCUAGUGAUUUUAGUUAUUCACCUGACAAGUUUAUGAUACGACCGAUAAUGAGAAUGAAAAGACGAAAAAAUAACAGAUCGAGGAUCAGAAAAAUAAAGAGGAAGAGGAAGAGGAAGAGAAUGAAUGAUGAUAAUGAUAUUGAUAAUAAAAUAGACACGUGUAAAAAACCCAGAGGAAUGAAAAAUAAAAAAUGGGCGCGUUGGACUGACUGGAGUAGUUGCUCAGUAACUUGUGGUAAGGGACGACAAAUACGAUGG